AUGGACUACCGACCCUACACCCGCGACGACAGCCGCCCAGCGACAGACGUCAACAACACCCGCACCUCCUGGAUCAACGGCGUCCCCUACGUUACUCCCCCCGGUGAACCCCAGCUCAUAAUCGGAAACACCAUCAGCACAGGCUCUGUCGGAGAUUGGAAUAGCCAUUUUGGUUCUGCUAGGCCUGCACGAGAAGGUGCUGGGGAACGUACGCAGGAUAGUAGGGUCGCGCAGAGGAGUGGGCAGAGUGGGCAGCAGCAGGAUGAUAAUGGUGGCAGCAUGACGGUGUGGGACGCUACUUCCCAUCCACAUCCUUCAGCUUCAAGGCCUCGCCAGCACAAAGUUCCACACGAGCACCAUGAUGGUAUCACCUUCGAGCAUGAGAGCGCUCAGUCUGACGACAAUCCUCGCGAGAAUAUUCAUCCCGACGAUGCUCAUGCUACAUCAACUAGAGAGGCUCACCUAAAAGCCGUCUCCAUCGCUUGCCGCAACGCCGACGAAGCCAACAGCCGCGUCUUUGAGAUCGCCACAAGUAUGUCUGACUAUGCAAGUGAUAUGCACCCCGAGGGUGCGCGGCGAUACCAGGCUCUGCUUGAUAGUCUGGAUCAGCUUGAGGAGUGUCUUAUUAAAGAGAGAAAGGCGUGGAACAAAGCUGAAGAUUGGUCGGAUGAUGAAUCGGAACAAAACAGCGCAGCUGGCGAUGAGCUUUCGGCUUGGGAGGAAGUGGGCGCAGAGGAUGUUUGA